GGCCAUGGGCACCCGCGGGUCCUACACACUGGUGGACACCACGCCCGCCAAGACCAUCCUGGUGUACCGCAAUGGCGACCAGUUCUUCGUGGGCAGGAAGUUCGUGCUGUCGCGGCGCCGCGUGGCCACCUUCGAGGCGCUGCUGGAGCAGCUGACGGAGCAGGUGGAGGCGCCAUUCGGGGUGCGGCGUCUGUACACGCCGACGCGGGGCCACCAGGUGCUGCAGCUGGACGCGCUGCAGGCAGGUGGCAAGUAUGUGGCCGCCGGCCGUGAGCGCUUCAAGAAGCUCGAUUAUAUUCAUAUAGUUCCCCGAAAACCUACAAAGAUGAGAAAGUUGAAGGAAAUCAAACCGGUGGUACAUUGUGAUAUAAAUGUACCUUCCAGGUGGCAAACGUGUCCUCGUAUGUCCCGACUUAUAAAUGUUUUUACAAAUGGAAGAUUAUUUAUUCCACCUGUUAAAGUUAUUAUACCCAAAUUCAGUCUAUCAGAUUGGAAUGUCGUGCUGGCCAUGAUUGGAGAAAAGGUCUUCCCCCUAGGAGGCGUUCGGAAGUUAUAUUCGAUGAAUGGGCAUCUUUUGGACAACUCAAAGGAUUUGCAAGAUAAUCAUUUUUACAUUGCUGGGGGCCUGGAGAGCUUCAAACAUUUGCCCUACUGGAAGUCCCCAAAGGUUCCCGGCGAGGUCCAGCAAAGGUACCAGGACAUUGGAAAACACCCACCAAGGAGGAAACAGGUGGAUUCCCAAGGAAAAGAACCUCAAAAAUCUGACAGCACGGCACCUGAAACACAGGACUCUGUUUAUUAUGCCAAAAAAGAGAAGAAAACAGUGGCAGAACCCGUGGUUCAGUGUGGCGCAGACGAGAUGUUUGAAAGACGCUUCCUCACAGAUGACUAA